GCCACUGUGCCGUCCUCGCUGCCGCGGCAGCUGCUGCCAUCGCCGACCGACUCCUCCAUUAUUACUCGCUGCACGGCCGCGGGGUGAGAGAGAGGGAGAGGGAGAGGGAUGACGAUGAGGGGGUUGAUGCGGUGCGUGUCGACGGGGUCGUGCAGGGUGGCGCCGGGCGCGAGGGCGGCGGUUCCGGCGGCGGCGUCCGGGGCCGGGGCGGGGAAGGUGCCGGCGGGGCACGUGCCGGUGGAGGUGGGAGCGGAGGGGGAGGAGACGGAGCGGUUCGUGGUGCCGGCCGAGCUGCUGGCCCGCCCGCCCAUCGCCGAGCUGCUCCGCCGCGCCGCGCAGGAGUACGGCUACGCGCGGCGGGGGCCCCUGCGCAUCCCCUGCCCCGCCGCCGCCUUCCGCCGCCUCCUCGGCGCCCUCACCGCCGCCGGCGCCGGCGACGGCGGCCUCACGCUCGCCUACUUCAGCGUGGUGGUGUAGCGUCGUGUACUCGUGUGGCUGCUGCUGUUCUUGCUUUCCGGAGGCUCUCUUCUCUUUAGCUUUUAUUCCAUUUGUUUCUUUGCUUCUUCUAUUACUGCUGCUUUUUUUUCUCUCUCUCUCUCUCUCUCUACCUCUUCUGUGUAAUAAUAUGCAUGUAAAUUCUUGUAAAUACAAAUCGAUGAGAUGUUUAAUUAAUUAAAUCUACGUAGCUGUAGAUUAUUAGAGCA